AUACUUUCACGCCCUAGAAAGUUUCAUUAGCUGUGCACAGUUGCACACACACAACACACACCAAACCAAACCCUCUAGUUAGCCCCUCCCUAGUGUGUCUGUCACCUUUGUUAAACGUUCCAACUCUUUUUCUUCUCUCUUCCCUCGCCAUUACUCUCUCUGACACCACUGCUUCGUGAUGAAAGAGGUUACGGUUGAAGCUGAUGGAGGCCAAGGAGGAGCACAAGGUGUGCAAGAGAAAGGCACCGUGAGGCCAGACAUACACAACAGGGCCAUGAAAAUUUUGAGGGCAAGAGAGCCCUACAAUAAUGGCUAUGAAGAAGUUGGAGAGAAACCCUCAGGUUUUGAAGUCAUGGGGUGGUACCUUUAUGAGUUUUGCUUCUACUUUGUUCAAACUGUGCUUGUUCCUGUUGUCUUCCCUCUCAUUAUCACUCAGCUACAGCCCCUCUCCUCAGAUUCACUUCAACAAUGGGCCAAGACUCACCCUGGAAAACACUGCUCACAAAAGGAAAUUCAUCUGUAUAGCAAACUGACAAACCACACCAUAAGAACAAGUGGUGGAUCAAAUUUCUCAUCCUUGGAGUGGACAUCAAUUGCAUGGGCCACAGGGCUAGCCUUGGCUGCUCCAAUUCUAGGAUUCGUCUCGUUCCACCUCGAUGGCCACUUCCCAAAGCUGAUCCUAGCAUCAGCCACAGGCAUAGGAGUCUUCUUCUGCCUCCCAGCAGGCUUCUUCAAAGUCACAGCCAUCUUCAUUCCCUACAUUGCAGGCAUUGUAGCAGCCAGCACAGUGGCCACAGCUGCUCACACCCACCACCUAGGCCUCAUGAUCCGCUGCUUCACAGGACCAACCCUCAAGAGAAGCCAGUUCUCCAUCCGGCAAGCCGUCUCCAGCAGACUCUCCCUCCACGCCACCGCCGCCGGCUGCCUUGGCGCCGCCAUAAUCUCCUCCUUCACAUACCACAUGCUCCGGGAACUCAAUGACAACGACCGUGACGUCAUGAGCCUUUGGGUGGUUUCCAUCUUCAGUGGCCUAAUAUGGCUGGUGGGGGUGCUCCACAUUGUCACAGCCAUAAGCAGAACCACUGAUUCCAUCUCAUUCUCCUCCAGGUUGCACCCUUUUUCAAUCUUCAAAUACCCUCACGCAGUUGGAGGCCUUGCAGGGGUGUUCCUCUCCUCGUUCACCACCAUGUCGAUUUUCACUGGGGGAGUUAUCUUCAUAGUGGGACAACUCUGCAUUAAGCCACUUCACUUGCUAUAUUUCUGGCUAACAUACUUCCUUUUCCCUCUUGUUUCUUUAUCCCUGCUACAACCCUUGUUGCACGUGAUCAAGAUGAACUCUGUGAAGAUGCAAAUCGUGGGGUUCAUCUUGUCGUUGUUGUCAUCAGGGUUUGGAUUCUACUACGGACACAGCCACUGGAAAUGGGGCCACUUGGUGCUGUUUGGUGCAAUUCAAAGCACAGCCACGGGGGUUUUGCAUGCUUUUGGGAGGCUAUUGGUGUUGGACUGUGCUCCCUCGGGGAAAGAAGGUGCGUUCUCGAUCUGGUACGCGUGGAUGAGAGCUGCGGGGUUGUGCGUGGGGUUCACGGUGGGGUCGGUGGCGCCGGGGCGCGUUAGGACGGCGUUCGGGGCGGCGUUUUGCACGGCCAUUGCCGGAAUCGUGGUGCUGCUGUUCGGGAACAUCAGUGACGUGGGUGGUGCUGUUGCUGCGGGGCACGUGAGGGAGGAAUGUGAGAGGAGUUCGGGUGUGACUGGCUUGGAUUCAAAGGAAUCUGCACGCGUUUGAAUGAUGGUGGUGGAGAUUGGAGGAUGUUGUUAUUAUUAAUAUUAUUAUUAUUGUUGUUGUUGCUGUCUUGUGCGUUAUGAUAUGAUUCUUUGCGAAUGGUGCAUGCAAGAGUAUAAGGUUUCAUUUUAUGAUGAUUGAUUUUAGAUGUAUUUUCUGGUAGGUAAUUGCUGCUGUUGUUGUGCAUGCAUGCAUAUGUUUGGUCUCUGUUGAGGAUUUGGGUGCUCAUGGCCUGUGUAACUGUCUUAUAGUAUUUUGUCAUAUUUCUUUCUCUUAUACCCUAAAACACCUUUCCUGCUCCUGCAAUUGCCUAAUCUAUGUGUAUGAUUCCUGCCAUUUAAAUAUUCUUUAGGCUUAAUGUUUUUUUAAGCUUUGAUUUUAGUUAGAAAUUCCAUACUUUUGAAAGUGGAUUUUUGAUCUAUCUCGUGAGUAUGUCAAAAGAUUCCGGUGUUUACUAGCA